AUGGGGGUCUACGGGCCCCCGCCCCUGACCCUGACUCCCCGCUCCGCGCCGCAGCUGCCCGGGCUCCGCCACCAGAUGGCAGCAGACGCUUUACGAUCGCUCCGCCGGGAGGCAGCGCCCGGCGGGGCCGGGGCGCGGGCCAGCGGAGGCCACCUGCGGCGCGCCCUGUGGAGCGGGGCCGCCUCCUCCCGCCGCCCGCCGGGCCUAAGCCGUCCGCGACCCGUAGUUCUGGUCGCUGGGGAGUCGGCCCCAACCCCUGCCCGGUCCUCUGGCAGCGGCCUUCCGCGUUCAGGCGCAGGCGUGCUGAGUGUCUUGGUCGAGGCCGGAGAAGCUCAACGAGCCAGCAACUCCCGCGGGGAGGACGCCGGGACAGGCGGUGAACAGGAGGCUGGAGGACAGGCCCGGCCAGAGCAACGCCCCUCGCAGUGCUCCCUCUGGACGACGCACUUUUGGGUUGACCUUUAUGUUAUUUUCAGGUUUUGGUGUGAAAUGUUCUCCUUAAUUCCGUUUUGGAUCCAGAUAGUUCAGAAGAGAUUGUUUAGUUUCCAAAUAUUACAGAUCUACCCCUUUCUGGAAGAGAUACAGGACAUCAUUAUUCAAGAACAAGUGUACAAGGGAAAAAAAAGAAAAAACACUUUGAAGUGAAUCCACUUAGGGGAAGGCAAAAUUUCAUGCAAAAAGUAAAAAGGUGUUAUUGGCACUGUAUGGUGACAAAUGAAACAAAAUAUUGUGAAAAAAACAUUUAUCCAAUAUUUACUAAAAUUUAGGUUAUUAUUGGAAGGAUGUAAUUAUGUUUUAGAACAAACAACUAUAAAUCUUGUGUGUACCUUUCCAUAUGUAUGUUGUAGUUAAAUGAAAAGUUUGCUUAAAAACAUUAAAUCUAAUGUUGACUUUU